AUGUCCUUCACACCAACCAGUACGGUUACCGAUAGGAACAGCCUAAAUUCGCUCGACAGUGCGGAAAAGGGCCUGUGUGGUAGUGCACUCAAGUCGACAGCACCUGGGUUUGUGUACAUAGAACCGAGAAGGUCCUUACUGGCUCCCCCAUCAUUCCCAGUCUCUCCUGUACACCACGGCAUAACGCCCCGUGCAAGCGUACCCGAUUUCUCACUCGCCGGCCUAUCGUCAUGCGGACAAAAGCCUACUGGUGACAAGCCCAAGACUACUGUCAAGGAGACGAUUACGGAAAAGCCAAAAAAGCCCAAAGUCAGUCGAUGGAUUAUGUUCAAGCUCUGGUUCAACACGUACCGAAAGUUCUUCACACUCGUUGUCGUGCUGAACUUCGUGGGCAUUGUUUGCGCAGCAACCAACCACUUCACUUAUGCCGAAAACCAUCUCGGCGCUUUGGUAUUGGGCAAUUUGCUCUGUGCAGUCUUAAUGCGAAAUGAGCUUUGGUUGCGCUUCCUAUACAUGGUUGCCAUAUAUGGUUUGAGCUGGACACCGAUUCCCGUGAAGUUGGCAAUAGUCUCUAUACUCCAGCAUGUCGGAGGCAUUCACUCUGGAUGCGCUCUAUCUGGUGCUGCUUGGCUCGUCUAUAAGAUUGUCGACAUCAUCAAGUACCGUGCCAUACAGCACCCUGCAGUCAUUGUCAGCGGCAUCAUUACGAACGUGCUCAUUGUAAUUUCCAUCUUGAGCGCUUUCCCCUGGGUACGAAACACCUAUCACAACGUUUUCGAGAGACACCACCGCUUUGUUGGAUGGCUAGGUCUUGCAAUGACAUGGGUUUUCGUGAUCAUGGGAAACACCUACGACAUCAAGCGUGGAGAGUGGAGAAGCGAUGCUCACAGUCUUCUCAGUUCACAAGAACUUUGGUUUGCUGUCUUCAUGACAGUCUUUAUCCUCAUUCCCUGGCUCACACUUCGCGAAGUACCCGUCGAAGUUGAGAUUCCCUCACCCAAGGUUGCAGUCCUCAAGUUCGAGCGCGGCAUGCAGCAAGGUCUUCUCGGCCGCAUCAGCCGCACAUCCAUCAUGGAAUACCAUGCUUUUGGCAUCAUCAGCGAAGGCCGCAAGUCCGGCUGCCACUACAUGAUUUGCGGUGUGCAAGGUGACUUCACUAGAGGCCUCGUUGCCAACCCGCCCAAAACCGUGUGGACACGGCAAUUGAAAUUCGCGGGACCCGGACACGCCUCUGCCAUGUUUAAACGAGGCAUUCGCAUCUGCACCGGCACAGGCAUCGGCGCUGCACUCUCAACCUGCAUCCAAUCGCCAAACUGGUUCUUGAUCUGGAUCGGCUCAGACCAAGAGCGCACAUUUGGACCCACCGUCACGGGCCUGAUCCACAAGCACAUCGAGCCCGAGCGCAUGAUUCUGUGGGACAGCAAGAAGCGAGGCGGCCGCCCGGAUACGAUGGCUCUACUGCGCGAUACAUGGAAGAGCUUCGGCGCCGAAGUCAUCUUCAUCACAAGUAACAUGCAAGGCAACGAUGAGAUGAUGCAGGGUUGUGCACAGGAAGGUAUGCAUGCUUUUGGGACCCUGUGGGACUUUUAA